AUGACAUCUCAUUCUACCCUCGACGCCACGACAAGAAACAGUUCCAGCACUUCCCCAAUCGAACGCCGAACGACUUCAAGCACAUAUUCGAGUUCAAAUCAACGAUAUAGUAAUGACAGCAGUGAGACAGGUGGAUCGAGUACGGCAGUCAGUAAUAGGAAUAGCUUUGCGACAAGUAUCUUGAACAAAGAGGAAGGCGAACAACAGGGGGGGUUUGAUGGGAGCAUAGAGGGCAGGACUAAGAAAGAUGGCAGAAGCAACCAUAGGGUUCAUAACAAGAGUCGAAGCGGUGGAGGCUUUCUCUUAUCAAAUUCCCUGUUUCAUCGCAAUGCGGAAAGCUCGUCCACGGCCACGGCAGAACACCUACCUCACAGUCGGGGAUUACCUCACGACCUGAAAGGCAAAUCGGCAGAUAAGAAACAGAAUAAAAGGCAGUCGCGCAGUACUACUGGAGUAGGAAGUCCCCUGGCUUCAAAUGUGACCAGUGUUCCCAUUACCCAAGGAACAGAAGACGAAGAUACAAUUAAUGGAAAUGCGACACCACACAGCGAGCAUGGACAGGGCACAGAUGCAUCCGAGAAGAUUGUUGCGAAUGGACUUGAUGUUGAUUCGGCCCAGAUUGUUAAUCUGGCCUUGAAUCUUAGUGAAAGCAGAAGAAUCGCAUCCAGGCGUAAUGUUUCUACACCAGUACCCUCUAUCGCUGCAGGCUUCAGAGAUGAGAUGGCGGCAGGGGGCAGUCUACGUCAUCAUUUACAACAGCAAAGAAGAGUGCCUAGGAAUAUUUCACCGAAGCCCGACAGAAGUGAUAGAGCGCUCACAAGCUCUCCACGCCUUUCAUCGGGUAUUAAAAUCAGCCCUUUACCAAUAGCUGUGGAUCCAUCCGAUACUACAUAUCAAUACCACUUUUCUGCAUCGACCUUGGCAAGAGCAGAAAAGGCUAAAAAGGCAAUUGAGCUCAUGGCCCAGUACCGUCGAUUGUUACAAUACGUUCCUCCAUUGAAAGCCGAACUUGUGGAGAAGAAUCAGCAUGAUAGUCCUGGUCCAGACUCAACUUCUGAACAUCCUCGUCGUGUAUUCGGGAGACACUAUAAUCCCCUACAGUACAUAAGGAAUAGAAAAGUGCGUGCUCGAGCUCGCAUCUCUAUUGAUGGAGAGGCACAAGAAUUCGGAAAUGCCCACAAGGUAUCAUGGUGGGUUAACGAAGUCUCGAAAGCCGCUCUAAGUGAUAAUUUUGUCAGUGGGUACCAUGUAGCACUACCACCUUUCUCAAAAGCCAUAGAAGAAGGCCCAUCACCACAUACAUCACCUCAGUCUGCCGGAAGCAAAAUUCAAACAGUCUCUAAGCUGGCGAGACCAAGAAUCGAUUGGGUUACCGAUCCUGCAGAUAUGCUUGCAGACAUCUUCUGGAUGGAACAAGGUGACAACAAGACGUUGAUCGAAGAUCGAGAUGGGAGGCCAAUUUUUCCUCGAAACAUCGAGCCCAGGCAAUCUAUUUCACGCAGACCCGAAGAUUUCGAUACCCUUAAAUCGCCGGAUCGUUCUCAUCACAAAAGGUCUAACUCCGCUGUGGACCUUCGUAUUGAUACUAAACUUCCAGAGUUCAGAUCUUCUAAGGUUGAAACGGAUAAUCAUUCGGAAAGUACAGCCUCCAAAGUUCGUCACAAACUGCAUGACGCUGCCCAUGCACAGCAUGGUAGCAGUAGUGCAAGCCGCGAACGUUCUCGCUUCUUACGAUCUAGGAGCAGAUCUAGCUCUGAUUCUUCUGACAGUGAACAUAUAAAAAGGUUCUCAAGACGGAGACGUAGUGGGACGAACGAAAGUCAAGACGAUCACGGUAAGGAUAUUCUUGAAAAGCAGAUGUUGGAAAUGCUUGCGAAGGAAUCGGGAGGUUCUAAUUGGAUGACACCGAAUAAGAUUGACAGACAGGCUUCAAUUGCAGCUAAUGAACCACCAUCACUUCCAGUACUCAAUAGUGGGGAGAAAUCAGAUUCAAGUAUAAGUUUGCACCAAAGGAGGACAGAAUCAAAGGCUAUCGAUAAAGAUUCGCCUACUAAGAAAAGGCUUCCUUUCAUAUCUACUCCAUCAGGACGACCAAGUCUUGAAGUGCCAGGAGUCAGUCCUCGAAACUCUUUGGAUGGUCUCGACACUACUGCACCCAAUUCUCCACUGGUCCGAGCCUCCAGAUUGUCUAAUUUCAUUCCCAGUAUUGGACUGGAUCUCUCAUCGCCGCGUAGUCGCCGGUCAUCGCCAAAUAGAAAACGGGCCUUAUCACGGGUCAGGUCCAAGAUAAAUCCCUUUCGUGAACACAGCAAAGACCGUAGUGGCGGGUAUGAAAUCGAUAAUUCUCGUCUAUCGAUUGAUUCUAUCGGUUCAAUUGGCUCAAGAAUCGAUCCUAGAGAGCGAAUUCCCGAUACUACAAAUGGCCGUAACCGAUCUGCGAGCCCUAUGAAGAAACUUCUAACAAGAGGCACAGACGAGAGUGCAAAGUCUCUCAAGAAACAGACCAGUCUAAAGAGAGGUAAAGGUGAUGAACUAUCUGGCAUUCGAGGAUUGUUUAAAGGCUCUCGUGGACCAGUUGCUAGAGUUAGUGAAUUUCUUUGGAAAAAGGAUUGGAACAAUUCUACAGCUUCGACCGAUGAAUCCGAUAUGGAAGAUUAUCGUACGCCGGUGCGCGAACCCGAAAGAAUAAUUAUUCGUGAUAGACAAGACUCGAGACCAGUAGAUGUGGACAUACCACAUGAAAAAUCGAUACCAACUUUUAUCAAUGAUAUGCCUACAUUCAAGUCGCCUAUGGAAAAUCGCGGAAGGUCCACACAAAGUCGCAAAACAGAAGCUGUCAACGAACCAGAACCUUCAGAGAUUGAACAUUCGUCCAGAUCAAAAGUCGAACCUCCAAGAAUUGAGAUUGACGGAGUUUCACCAGCAUCAUCUCCAGAAGGAGGAAGCCGACGUGUUUCUGAUGUAUCCGAUAUCUCAACUCCCAAGGGGAGCUAUGAUCAAGGUGUUCGCAACGCGGACGCUCGACUCAAUGCUGCACUCAGCUAUCCUCGCCUCAAAGUAGAUAGAAUGCCAGUCACUGGUUUAUCACACAUUCAAGCCAAUGAAGAUAGGCGCCCGUCUCUGGACGCAGAACGUCGAUGGAGUCGCUCUGAUAGCGGAGUAUCUGUUCAUCGUGGCACUAUGACAAGGCGUGACAUUGCUUACGUUAAAGCUCGUCUCUAUAGUUCCGGUAUAAAGUCUAUGUACCUUACACGUCGGGCGGCAGAACCAAUAGAUUUUCGUACUGCGCAGGGGAAAUGCUACGAAGGUAUUGCUUCCCUUACCAGUAAAGCCCUUCCCCUAGUUCCAAGAUCACAGCAACAUAUACUAGCAGCAAAUAUUAUUCGCGAAGACAUUCAACUUUCAGCACAAUUAUGGCAACAAUAUCAAGAAAACUUCUCCAUGAAUACCAUUCAAACCCUUCUUAACGACAUGGGAACUCUACAUAGUCGUCUAGUAGACAAACUAACUCCAAUGGCGAGAAAGGCCGCGGAUGAUGCAGAUGAGGUCUCGAAAGAUCUGGUCACGAGUCAGAUAUUGGAAGUCAACAAGUUGACGGCUAGUAUGGAUAAGAUGAUAAGGAGAAGAAGAAGAAGAUUGAGAUGGGUGAGGAGGGGAGGGUGGGUUAUGGUGGAAUGGGCAUUGGUUGGGGUAAUGUGGUAUGUUUGGUUCAUGGUCGUGCUGUGUAGGGUGGUUAUGGGUAUUGGGCGAGGUGCGGUGGGGGUUGUGAAAUGGUUGUUCUGGCUGUGA